UCGUAAACGGUUUUUCGGGUCCUUUGGCGGGAAUCAAAAUUUUCUUCUUUGUUCUGAUAUUGCACCACGUGUUCAUCAUAUCUUUUCAUCUUAAAUACGAGUUAUACGCUACUCCAACACCCACUGGAUUCGCUCUUCUCCGCUCUUACUUGCACCCACAAAAUUGCCUCCACCCUUUAUCUCUCUCUUUCUCGAUCUUGUUCAGGUGUAUUCUUUAAUGGAGAAAAGCGUAUCUCCACUCCCGGAUCCGAAAACUGUCUCCCCGCCGCCAUCAAAAUCACCGCCUCUUGCGUCUCCUCCACCGUCCGAUCAUCUUCACACUCAACACUUUGCCUCCAGUUUCACCACAUUGUAUCAUUCCAUUUUCCCGCCAAAACCAUCUCCGCUUCCUUCUUCUCUCGCCUUUUCUCUAACCCCUUCCACUGCCUCCCCAUCCUCCGCCGCCACUACUGAUGAUUUUGAUACUGAGCACCGCCUUCACCAGGCGCGUCUUAUUUUGGAGUAUCAAGAGCUCUGCGACCACUACGAGCUCUCUCUCUCUCGCCUCCAAGCUUUCACCGAAGAGAUCGAGUUGCUUCGCCAAGAGAAUGCCGAUCUCAGAUUGACAAAUAAUGAGCUGGUCAGGCUUCUCAGCCUGUCUUCUCAGGCUGCGAUUCAAAGCCGCUUUAGCAGCUGCGAGAUGGUUGAGCCGAACCGCUUCGAGAGGAAUACAGAGCGAGUCUUGUUGCCUAAGAGCAUUUCGGUGCGGUCUAGUGGUUAUCUUAAAAUGAACCGAGACGGUGCAAGCAAUGGCGGUCAGAGUAGCACCUCAACUCGUCCACGAGUUCCGAAUCAUCUCGACAAAAUCGUUUCUGGAUCGGUGCAGCAUCGAGUGUGUGUGCCAGGAGGAGUAAAGAGGGAAGACGCUGCCUUGGAGUUGGACGUGUAUAAUCAAGGGAUGCAGAAGACAGAGCUGUGCAACAAAUGGCAGGAGACAGGCACGUGUUCUUACGGUGACCAUUGCCAAUUCGCACACGGCAUUACAGAGCUGCGUCCUGUUAUAAGGCACCCAAGGUACAAGACUCAGGUCUGCAGGAUGGUUCUUGCUGGUGAAGUGUGUCCCUAUGGUCAUAGGUGCCACUUUCGCCACUCUCUUACUGAGCAGGAGAGGAUGAUAAUGGGCCCACGUUGAUCUGUGUUCUUGAUGGGGGAUUGGAAAUGUAAAGAUUAAGUAAAUGCCAAAGGGCCGGGAUGUAUAUAUGCCUAAUCAUAUAUAAGGAAAAGAAAAUAAAAAUGGGUAAAAACAGGAGGGAUGAAAACUGAUAAAUGAGGAUUAUAAAUAUAUUAAGAAAAUAUAAUAAUUAGGAAAAUCUAUGGUAAUAAGAGUUGAUAAAAUUUUUCUAUGAGAGAUAAAAUCGUCAGUCAGAGAAAUUGGAUAUUGUUGUAGGAAAUAUUUCUUGAAUUCUGAUGUCAAGCUGGUUGAGAUAGGGUCGUGCACAACGAACCAAAACUAGACCAAACUUGAACCUUGUAAUGAUGAUAUUUUGUUGUGCAAUGCUACGCAACCUUCAUUUCAA